AUGGAGCCAACAACCGCAGAAGAGAAUAUCGCUGCUUGGGGACGGAUGCUGACCAGGCCCCUUGUCCUGGUGACCCUAAUAUCUGCCUUUGGCUCCUCGGUCCAGUACGGUUACAACGCCUUUGUCAUCUUUUACCCAGCCAAGUACAUCCAAAACUUUUACAACGAGACGUAUCGGUUCAGGAACGUGAUCAGCAUCGACCACAGCUUGCUGAAGUUCCAGUGGGGUCUCACCGUUGCCUUUUUCCCAUUUGGGGGUUUCUGUGGGACCCUCCUAGCUGGACCUCUGGUGGACAGCAUUGGCAGGAAAGCAACGCUUCUGGUUAAUAACCUUUUGGCCAUAAUCGCGGCCGCCUUGGUCAUCGCCACCAAACCGAGACAUGCCCACGAACUUCUGAUCUGUUCGCGCUUCUUUGUGGGAGUCUGCGCCGGGAUUGCUUUCAGUGUGGUCCCCUUGUACCUGGCCGAGAUCGCCCCCCAAAAUCUGCGUGGGGCGCUCUGCACAGUGGCCGACCUUUCAAUCACCUUUGGCAGUCUGUUGGCAGAAGUCAUUGGCUUCUGCGAAGUCCUUGGGACCGAAGAAGGUUGGCCCGUCUUGUUAAGCCUUACUGGCAUCCCGGCGUUGCUCCAAUUACUGUUCCUCCCGUUUUUCCCCGAGAGUCCUCGUUUUCUCCUGAUUCAGAAGAAGGAGGAAGAAGAAGCCAGACAGGCUUUGAAGACGUUGAGGUGCUCGGACGAUGUGGAGGAAGAGAUGGAACAACUCCAGCAAGAGGAACUGGCGGACAGGAAGGAAAAAGAUAUGGACGUGAUGAAAAUCCUGUAUUAUCCCGGCCUUCGGUGGCACGUGGUGUCUAUCGCAGUCCUGAUGGCGGGCCAGCAGCUCUCUGGGAUCAACGCGGCCCACUAUUACGCGAAGCGGAUCUACUUGUCCUCGGGGGUCAGCGAUACGAUAGUGUGGUACAUCAGCAUGCUGUUAUCUCUCUUCCUGAUGGUCAUCACAACACUGGUGAUCUGCAUCAUUGAAAAUUCAGGGCGAAGGAUUCUUCUGAUCUCCGGCUUUGGAAUCUGUAUCAUUGCUGGCCUUUUUCUAUCCAUGUCUCUGCAGCUUCAGAAAAACAUCCCCGCCAUGGCAUAUCUGAGUGUGUCGUUCCACACCAUCUUCCUCAUCGGACAAACUACCGGUCCCAAUCCGGUUCCCAGCGUGCUGGUAGCUGAGUAUUUCCUCCAGACCUGUCGGUCCACGGCUUUCGUGGUCGCCGGAAGCAUCCACUGGAUUUGCAAAUUUCUCAUUAUUGUAACAUAUCUCCACAUGGAAAUCGAACUAGAAGCCUACAGCUUUCUCUUCUUCUGGCCGUUCAACAUCGCCACCAUUUUAUACAUAGCCAAGAUGAUCCCCGAGACCAAGGGCAGGAGUUUCCUAGAGAUUAGAAGCGUCCUGUCUCGCCACCUGGCCCGCGGGUCUUAA